AUCAGUGGAGGUCGGCGGAGCUGCACAGCACGCAGCUGGGACAGACGGGCCAACUGACGGAACACAGACGCCUCUCAGCCCGCAGCUCGAUCUGUGCAUCCUGGGAAGAUGCAUCUGCCCCUGAUACUGCUGGCCACGGUGGGCACCUGCCUGGGCCUGCUGAUGGCAGCUGCCGCAGGCGAUAACCCUGCCCAGCUGGACACGCCCAGCAUGCUGUCCACCCACCGGCGCCAGAAGAGGCACUGGAUUUGGAACGAGAUGCACAUUGACGAAGAGAAAAACAACUCGCUGCCCCAUCACGUGGGCAAGAUCAAAUCAAGCGCGAACCGCAAGAACGCCAAGUACCUGCUCAGGGGAGAUGCUGCCGACAAGGUCUUCAGGGUCGAUGAGAACACAGGAGACGUGUAUGCCUUUGAGAGACUAGACAGGGAGAAGGUCUCCGAGUACCACCUCACUGCCCUCAUAGUGGACAAGGACACCAAGAGGGACCUGGAGUCACCUUCCAGCUUCACCAUCAAAGUUCACGAUGUGAAUGACAACUGGCCUGUGUUCACUCACCAGUUUUUCAACGCAUCUGUGUCUGAGAUGUCGGCUGUGGGGACCUCAGUCAUCAAAGUGACUGCAGUGGACGCAGAUGACCCCACUGUUGCAGACCAUGCCACUGUCAUGUACCGAAUCCUGAAAGGAGAUGAAUAUUUUGGCAUCUCGAACUCUGGACUCAUUUCCACAAAAGUCAACAACUUGGACCGAGAGGCGCAGGCCAGGUACGAGAUCGUGGUGGAAGCACGUGAUGCCCAGGGCCUCCAGGGGGAAUCAGGCACGACCACUGUGCUGAUCACUCUGCAGGACAUCAAUGACAACUUCCCCAUCUUCACCCAGACCAAGUACGUAUUUACGGUGCCUGAAGACAUCCGUGUGGGGAGCCCCCUGGGCUCUCUGUUUGUUGAGGACCCAGACGAACCCCAGAACCGGAAGACCAAGUAUAGCAUCGUGCAGGGAGAGUACAGGGACACCUUCGCCAUCGAGACGGACCCCACCCACAAUGAGGGCAUCAUCAAGCCCAUGAAGCCCCUGGACUAUGAACACAUCCAGCAAUACAGCUUCACCAUCGAGGCCACGGACCCCACCAUCAACCUCCGCUACUCAAGCAGCAUCUCCCCCAGAAACAAGGCCCGGGUCACCAUCAAUGUCACAGAUGUGGACGAGCCCCCUGUCUUCCAGAAGCCCUUCUACCACUUCCAGCUGCAGGAGAACAUGAAGAAAACUCUGAUCGGCUCGGUGCUGGCCAUGGACCCGGAUGCCGCUCGGAGGAGCAUUGGAUACUUCAUCCGCAGGACCAGCGACAAGGGCCAGUUCUUCCAAGUAACCAAGCAGGGGAGUAUUUACAAUGAGAAGGAACUGGACAGAGAAGUCUACCCCUGGUACAACCUGACUGUGGAGGCCAAAGAACUGGAUUCCAGAGGGAACCCCACAGGCAAAGAAUCCAUUGUAAAGGUCUACAUCGAAAUUUUGGAUCAGAACGACAACGCCCCAGAGUUUGCUGAGCCCUAUGAGCCCAAAGUGUGUGAAAAUGCUGAACAGGGCAUGCUGGUGGUGCAAAUCUCGGCGACUGACAAAGACAUAACACCAAGGAACGUGAAGUUCAAAUUCUCCCUGAGCACCGAGGAUAGCAACUUCACCCUCGUGGAUAACCAUGAUAACACGGCCAACAUCAGAGUCAAGUACGGACAGUUUGACCGGGAGCGUGCCAAGGUCCACCUCCUGCCUGUGCUCAUCUCGGACAACGGGAGGCCGAGCCUCACAAGCACGAACACGCUGGCCGUGACAGUGUGCAAGUGCAACGAGCGUGGCGAGUUCACCUUCUGCGAGGAGGCAGCCCCCCAGGUGGGCGUCAGCAUCCAGGCGCUGGUAGCCAUCUUCCUCUGCAUUCUCACCAUCACAGUGAUCACCCUCCUCAUCUUCCUGCGGAGGCGGCUCCGGAGGCAAGCCCGGGCCCAUGGCAAGAGCGUGACCGAGAUCCACGAGCAGCUGGUCACCUACGACGAGGAGGGCGGCGGCGAGAUGGACACCACCAGCUACGACGUGUCGGUGCUGAACUCGGUGCGCCACGGCGGGCCCAAGCCGCCACGGUCCACGCGGGAUGUGCGGCCCUCCCUGUACGCCCAGGUGCGGAAGCCACCGCGGCACCUGCCCCCCACCAAGCCUGGGGAGCUCGGGGACAUGGCCACUGUGAUCGAGGUAAAGAAAGACGAGGCAGACCACGACAGCAGCAGCCUGCCCUUCGACACGCUGCACCUGUUCGACUACGAGGGUUCCGAGUCCAUCGCCGAGUCCCUCAGCUCCCUGGGCACCGACUCCUCCGACUCGGACAUCGAUUACGACUUCCUCAACGACUGGGGGCCGAGGUUCAAGAUGCUGGCGGAGCUGUACAGCAUGGACUCCCGGGAGGAGCUGGCGUAUUAGGGGCCACAUGCCUCUGGGCCUGGGGACCCAAAUCACUUGCGGCUCCAGCCAGCUGGACACCAGGCCCUGAGCCCUGGAAUACAGCACUGGCACCCCAGCCCAGCAGCCCUUCCUUGUGGGUCCCAGAGACCUCGCCACCUUGGGCAGCAAACUCUAGGACCCUGACAUGUCCAGGAACAGUGAUGGCUACCCCAAAAAUGCUGGAAAAUCCAAGCUAGUGGUCUGUCUGCGCUUGGACGUCCACAUAACCCUGUCACCAGAGACCACAGGUCCAACCCAAAGACUUUUUCUCUGGCUCCUCAAAGAGCUUAUGUUCAACUACCAAGGAGAGGUCUUCCCCUGAGGUCCCUAAAUCCCCUGGCAAGGCCCUGGUGCCUGUCUUCCUGGAGGCAAGGGCAGGACAGCAAUGAUCUGUGGGUGACACUCCCUGCAGCCCAGUCCAAAGGGAUACUUGGGACCGUCCAUCACGCCUGCCCUGCUUCAACUUCCUCACACCCUCCCAAGUCCCCUACCACUCCUGGGCCCCUCUCCAGGCCUGUCAAGAGGAAGAAGGGGCCCUUGGCAGCUAUCAACCUUGGGUCCUCAGGUGACCUCACUUGCCUGCCACACUGGUUACUAUACUGGACUGAGCAUUGAAAAUUCAACCAAAGUCAGGGAAAUGGCUUGCUGAACUUUGAAGCAACUGUGAAUGCAUCCUGAGGCACACUGGAGACCAUGUGAGAUCAUAGGGUGAGGGCCACCUCCACACCCAUGCCCUCCGGAGAGGGCCUAGAGUAGCAGUGAUCCCAAUUUGAGACUCACUGACACUCCUCUAGUUUUGCCUGGGAAGUGGGAACUGAUGUUCUGGGAACAGAACACCUCUUCCCAUCUCUGCCUCUCCUGGCCCUUCAUCCAUGCUCUCUCUUCCCUGUCUCUCUCUCUCUCUCCCCCUUACCCCUUGACUCAGAGGCACUCAAGAUGUGAUCCGUAGCAACUGGCAGCUCCGGCCAAUGUCCAAGCCCAAAUAUGACUGCACGAUGGAGCCACACCAUUUGCCUUUACACCUCGUUGUUGCCACAUCUCAGGGAACCCCAGCAGGGCCCCAUCCUUCAGGCACAGCCUGUGGAAGGCAAGGCCCCUACCCUACCCAAGUCCUAUAGUGUUCUGUGCAUCUCCCCUCUCGCCACAUAGGAAACAGUCCACUGCAAGCACACCUGGGAGAAGUGGAAUCACUCAGAGGGAGGGGACAGGGGUGGAGGCAAACCCUCCAACUCACCCUUGAUCAUGACUAAGGUUCCCACUCUGAAGGCCCCUUACACAUCAGGGGAUUGUAGAUAACACUGACUUUAUUUUUAACUAAUAACUAGUUUUUUAUACAUAUGUUUUUUACUAAUAAUACUUACACAUUCCUAGCUCUCACAAACGUAUAAAAUAAGACUUUUUGCAUAAUAAGGUUGCUAUUUAGGUUAACAAUUUUUAGUCAUGUGUUUUAGUUGAAUAAACAGAUUCCUAUAACCUUCUAUUUCCUAUCAUUGUCAUAAUUGCUCUAGGGAUAUUGACUAUAUAUUGACCACACUGGUGCAUGAAACGUACUGUAUUUUUUUUUAUAUACACCUAAAUAAAGAUCUUGAAAUUCUUUUGUUCCUA